UAAAGUUGCCCCCCUCCCUUACACGUUAUCGAGUAUCUGCAUUCCGGUUCUGUCUAUCUACGUCCUUCCCGUCGUUUUUGCUAUGUAACCGAGGUUCAUUUAUCCACCUCCUCUCCGCUAUUACCAAGUACGAAGUAUAAGUUUAAGCACGAUGGAAGAAGACUCGGAUGAAGAUUUUCUAGAUCUACAAGAGGAAAUAGAAACUAAUGUUAUAUUUCCACAAGAAUGUGAUUUUGGUAGUGUUUGUCCCUGUGAAGACUGCCAUCAGAAAAUCAAGAUGCUUAAGAAAUUUGAAGAAGAGAUUCACGAUAAAAGGGAGUUAGUCACGGACUGCCAAGAUCUCCUGCAGCAAAAAUUUGUUCAUUGUGGCUAUCUUGCUAGCUCCUCCAGGUGGGCUAUAAGGAUGUUGAGAUUGCUACACCACAACCUCAAUAUAGUUUCCAAGAAGGGAGGAAUCACAUCCAUACUUCAAAAGGAUAAAUUGGAAGAGGAAAUGGAAUACUCUGAUGACCUGACAGUAAAUUUGCUUUUCGAUCAUUUGAUUAGUAAGCCAGCUGAUGCAAGUGAGGCUGGUAAUCAUCUCAAGGAAAAGGAUGAAAUUCUUCCCCUGGCACUACGGAUAAGUCGAAUGCGCUACCAUUACGAGAAUACCAAAUUUAAGGAUGUCACCGAUCACAUUUUUAAUCAGCUAGAACAGAUUGAAAAAGCGCAUGAACAGGAUAUGAAAUGUGCUCAAGCCGAAAAAAAGCAGUUGGAUCCUAUAACUUCCCAGAUGCACAUAGAGAAACAAAUUCGGUUGGUAAAGACGUUGCCGCUUAAUGAAAUGUAUCUCGAAGCUCUAAAGCUGGUUAAAGAGAUAUCCCCAUUCGAUAAGCGUAGUAUGUGGUUGGGAAUAGCCUAUAAUGACAUCAUGGCUACUCUUUCUGAUAUGAUCACAGUCAGGUUUGAGUUUUGGCUACGAUAUCAGAGUGCUUCCCUAACAAGAAAAGACCAUACCUUGAGUGGGUUGAAAGAUACACUUGAAAUAUUAUGGAAGAAGGCUACUUUGUUCAAUGAUCGGUGGGAGAAGGACCAUGCCCCUUACUUUACUACAUAUGUGGGGAGAUACUCGCACCCGAAAAGGCAGCGGACUAAUGAGAAGGAUGUUUGAUGCCUUGAGUAAUUAAGCAUUAUUUUUGUUUAUUGAAUUUGGGGCUUAAUCUGAAAAAAGAUAUUUAUCCGUAUUGGGAUAUGUUAUGUAAUUAUGUUUUUAACUAUGAAUAGGAUAGGCUGGUAUUAGAGUGCCUAAAAAGUUACAUUAAUUAUUGUAGUCUUGUUUUGACAUUAAACAUCGUAGUAUAGUGAUUGCUUUCAUCAGCUUGUUAUCGUUUGUUUUGCCUUGUAUUAAGGUGUAACAUUCAGUCGGUGUGUUAACUAUCUGUGUUUUGCAUAAUGAUACGUAGCACGUGGAUGGAUUAGUUAGCAUUGUAA